AUGAUAAAGUUUUUCAGGAAAAAUGGUGUAAAUUCAUAUUUUACACAAAAUAUUAACAAUUGCAAAAUAUUUAAAUUAAAUUAUAAAUAUAGUUAUAAUAUCAAAAGAAAAUAUGUAAAUAUCAAAGUAGAUGGUAAAAAAAAAAAAAUUCAUAAUGAGGAAUUAAAUUUAAAUGAUGAUGUUAGGGAUAUUUACUUUAAUAGCAAGUUAAUAGAAAAAAAAUUUGCUGAUAUAAAAAUAAAGGAUAGCCACAAUAAAUUACUGUUUGAGUUUUUACCUAUUGAAGGAAGAACAUAUACAGUUCCAUUAUGUUUUAAAAUUAUGCAUUAUAUUUUUUUGUUUAUUAUUUCAAGUGGAGUAGUAUUAAUUCAUAUAUUACCAGAGAUUGAUAAAGAAAACUAUAUAAGAGAUAUACUAACAUUAGAAAUUUAUUUUUCUUCUUGUUUUUUAGCAUUCAAUGGGGGAUUUAAUUCAUUACUUCAACUAAUUCAAUACGCAAUACCACCUAAUAGAAAAUACAAAGGACUAUAUAAUAGCUUACGUUAUAUUUCUUCUUUAAUACCCAUAUUUUUUAGCUUAAUAUCAACAUCAUUGUGUGAAAAUUUUCCUAGAGAUAGUUUAUUCUUAUUAGUUUUAUCGUAUUUAACCUUAUUAUUAAAUUAUUAUUUAUUACACAUAAAAUGUUUAAUACCAGUAUGGGUAUUUAAACAAUAUAAGGUUAUUAUUUCUAUUAUUAUAUUAAAUUUGCUAUUAUUAUUAAUAAGUGAGGCUCAACUGUAUAAAGGUAGGAAAAUUUCAAUUAAUGUCGAUGAUUAA